GUGGGACUGAGCUGGUCGGCAGGGUCUGUUUGGGGAAGGGGGUUUCAAAGUGGAAGGAGGAGGAAUUCGCACAACACUGGAACUAUUAUUGUCACCAUUUCACAUCACGGUAUAUGUUUCUUGGCAAACUGGGGAUGGAAAAGAACUUAUUUCCCAUUUAUUUUUAUUAACUUUGAGUCGCAAGAUUCCUACGCAAACCGGCAUUUUUUUUCUAUCAAAGGACGAAGGUGCAUAAUUUGUUGGUCUUUAAAACCCAACACAGAAGAACAUUUCAGUUUUUCUUGAGUGCGCUACUUCGAGGUUGACGCGCAUAGUUCUUUUCCUUCUUUCAUUCGCUCCCUGUUUUACCAGGUCCCUGUGCCCGGUCUCGCCCUUUUAAUAGUUGAUACGACUUGGUUAAAAUACCACCAUGGAGCUAUCACCACGGGCGAAACUACAGCGGCGGGAGAGCAACAGAAACUUGAUGGCCCGAAACAACAGCAAAAGGCUUGCGCUUCUGUCGGCGGCUGCCGUGCAAACUAUCGGCAUACUCUGCGCGCAAGUGGUGUGUGCCCAGGCUGCCUCCCUCUACUUCACCAAAGAGCCCAAAUCCCAAGAUGCACUGCACGGGCGGAGCGCCAUGCUGCGGUGCGAGGUGGGUGACCCUGCCGACGUCACCUACAGCUGGCUGCACAACGGCGAGGUGGUGACCGACUCGGACCGCCGCUUCCGGGAGGGCAGCAACCUCAAGUUUGCUGCCGUCGACCGGCAGCUGGAUGCCGGAAACUUCCAGUGCGUGGCCUCCAACAGCGUCAGUGGCGAGGAGAUCCGCUCCACCAACGCCUCCUUCAACAUCAAAUGGCUGGAGAGUGGGAGGGUGACCCUGAAGGAGCCUGCCUCGGAGGCGGAGAUUGAAAGCUCUGCACCAGUGACGUUGCGCUGCCAUAUUGACGGGCACCCACGGCCGACCUGCCAGUGGUUCCGGGACGGCACGCGGCUGACGGAGAAGACUCACCAGAUCAACAACAAGGAGCGCACGCUCACACUGAAGAGCGCCAGUCCCGAUGACAACGGCCUGUACUACUGCUGUGCCAAAAACGCCGCCGGCCAAGUCUGCAGCAGCGACAACUUCACCCUCAACAUCAUAGAUAAGAGCUACCCUCGCCCCGUCAUCACCCCCGAGGACCAGGUGGUCCUGAAGAAUGAGGAGGCCGUGUUCCACUGCGAGUUCACUGCCGAGCCCGCUCCAAUGGUUGAAUGGUACCACGACAAUGAACUCAUCACCAACAAGUCCCGUGUGGUCCUGUUAAACAACGGCACCCUCCUCAUCACCCAGGUGAAGCCCCGCAACACAGGUGUCUAUAGAUGCGUGGCCAGGGGGCCUCGGGGCCCUGAGGUCACUCUGCAGGCUACCCUGAGACUCGCAGAGAUUGAGGACAUGGGGCCUCCCAUGUCACGGGUCUUCACAGUGGACACCAUGCAGCGUGUGACUUGCCGGCCCCCCAGGGGGCACCCAGAGCCCGUGGUGUGGUGGGAGCGGGGUGGGGAGCAGGUCCCAGCAGAGGGCAGGGUCUACCAGGAGGGCACGGAGCUGGUCUUCAGCCCCACGGAAGGCGGGGACUCCGGCUCCUACACCUGCAUGGCCCAGAAUAAGGCCGGGCAGAGGAAGCAGGAGCUGACCGUCACCGUGGCCACGGCCCCUGAGUGGGUGACCCAGCCGGAGGACAGCCAGCUGGAGGAGAGCCGGCCAGGGUACCUCCACUGCCACACCCGCGCCACCCCCGACCCCGAGGUCACCUGGUCACGCAACAACCAGCCCAUCAGUGCGGAGGACGGGCGCUUCAAGCUGUUUCCCAACGGGACACUGCGCAUCAACAGCGUGGAGGUGUACGAUGGCGUGAUGUUCUCCUGCCAGAGCAGGACAGAGGCGGGGUUCCUGAAUGGCCAGGCGCGCGUCUUUGUGCUGGAGAAGCUGAAGUUCACCCCCACCCCCCAGCCGGCGCAGUGCCUGGAGCUGGAUAAAGACAUGAGUGUGCAGUGCUCCGCCACAGGCCGCCAGGCCCCCGCCAUCCUGUGGGUAAAAACAGAUGGCAGUGAGAUCCCUCCCCACGUGGAGCAGAAGAAUGGAGUGCUGCAUUUCUUCAAGGUGACGCGCAGCGAUGGAGGCAACUACACCUGCCUGGCCUCCAACGACCAGCAGGGGGAGAUCCGUGCUGCGGUCUACCUCACUGUGGCAGUGUACGUCCUGUUCCGCCUGGAGCCGGAGAACACCACGGUGUACCAGGGCCACACGGCCAUUCUGCACUGCCAGGCCACGGGAGACCCCCAGCCCUCCAUCCAGUGGAUGAUCAAAGACAAGGUCCUGGACCCCAACAGGAGCAGGUUCCAAAAGAUGCCCAAUGGCUCCCUGGUCAUCCAUGAUGUCAACACAGAGGACACGGGGAAAUACACUUGUAUCGCCGGGAACAGCUGCAAUAUCCGCUCUAGUGCCGCACAGCUCUAUGUUGUGGAGAAACCAGUACAGCCGAUGGUGGACGGCGAGGACAAGGCCCCCUAUAAGAUGAUCCAGACUAUCGGGCUGUCGGUGGGGGCAGCUGUGGCCUACAUCAUCAUCGUGCUGGGCCUCAUGUUCUACUGCAAGAAGAGGCGCAACGCCAAGAGGCUGCAGAAGGGCACAGAGGGAGAGGAGCCCGAGAUGGAGUGCCUCAACGGGGGAACCGUGCAGCAUAACGGCCAGACGACAGCAGAGAUUCAGGAGGAAGUGGCCUUGACCAACUUGGGCACUACGGCAACCACCAACAAGCGUCACAGCAACAAUGACAAGCUGCACUUCCCCCGUGCCGACCUGCACACCAUCACCACACUGGGGAAGGGCGAGUUUGGGGAGGUGCUACUGGCCAAGGCCAAGGGCAUCGAGGAGGGCGAGGAGGAGACGGUGGUGCUGGUGAAGAGCCUGCAGACGCGGAACGAGCAGCUGCAGCUGGACUUCCGCCGCGAGUUCGAGAUGUUCGGCAAGCUGAACCACGCCAACGUGGUGCGGCUCCUGGGGCUGUGCCGCGAGGCCGAGCCGCACUACAUCAUCCUGGAAUACGUGGACCUGGGGGAUUUGAAACAGUUCCUGAGAAUCUCCAAAAGCAAAGAGGACAAGACAAAGCCACAGCCAAUCAGCACCAAGCAAAAAGUGUCCAUCUGCGCCCAGGUGGCCCAGGGCAUGGAGCACCUGUCCAACCACCGCUUCGUCCACAAGGACCUCGCCACCCGCAACUGCCUGAUCAGCGCCCAGCGGCACAUCAAGGUGUCCGCCCUCAGCCUCAGUAAAGACGUCUACAGCAGCGAGUACUACAGCUACCGGCAAGCCAGGAUCCCGCUGCGAUGGCUGCCGGCUGAGUCUGUCUUUGAAGAUGACUUCUCAACCAAGACGGAUGUGUGGUCGUUUGGGGUGCUCAUGUGGGAAGUGUUCAGCCACGGGGAGCUUCCCUACACCAAACUCAGUGAUGAAGAGGUCCUGGAAGGUCUACAGGGAGGGAAGAUGAAGCUGCCGGUGCCAGAGAACUGCCCCUCCAAAGUCUACAAGCUGAUGGUGCGCUGCUGGGGUUCCAGCCCCAAGGACCGCCCCUCCUUCAGUGAGCUGGUCAACGCCCUGGGAGAGCUACCCUCCAACAGCAAGGUCUGAGUGUGGCUGGGGGGCAGCUGGCCCAAUGGACAGAGUGUCCACCUGCGUCCCCACAAUCCCCCGCCCCCAUGGACCAGAAACUGGGGUCACUGAUAAGUCUACGUCAUUUCAUGGGGUGAAAAAAAAGACCAUUUUAUACUAAAGGAGACGGUGUGUUGAGUUUUAUGUUGAUACAAAUGGUGGGCAGUUGCUUGCCUUAAUUGCAGCCUGGCAACUAAGCCCCGCUGCCUGACUUGGCCCUUUUCAGAUUGUUGAUCAGCUGCACCUCUAGGGGUGAACUCAUGCCCCCAGGACAUUUUCUGCCCUAGUGCAAAGGACUUUGGGAACUACCUCUGCCGAUUACUAUUGUGGGCCUCAUACCACCUGAUCAAGGAAAACCCUGAAGGAGCCAACAGUGGAACAAGCCAGGAGGGGGCGCUAUGAAUGCUGGAUCUUUCGAAAGCUGUGCUUGUCUGGGGUUGUAAAUUGUGGUGUAUGUUUUAACGAGUGCAAGAGAACACUUUUUUCUUAAAGGUGUACAAAUUAGCAUUACCUUUAGUUUGUUGUAUGGGUGGCAGCGAAGACCAAGGAACAAGCACAAAAAAGGAAAAGGGCUUUCCUGGAAGGCUUCUUGGGGUCCCACUCUAGCUCCUUUGUUUGAGAAAGCCAAUUCCUCAGGAUAUCUAAAGAGUCUCCCUUCAUCAAAGAGUCGCUGCUUGUUUAAAGUACCGUCGACCGUGGCUCAGAGGGAAACAAACUGUUUUUGAGUUGCAAGAAGUAAUUACACAAACUAUGGAAAGUGUGUGUGUGUGUGUGUGUGUGUGUAUGUGCGUGCGUGCGUGUGCCCGCAUGUGCUUGAGAAUGUGUGGGACAGCAUUCUUGUGUGGGAUUGUUGGUUUUUUUGAACUCUGUAGCGCUCAAUGUGGACCUGCGAUUCAGGUGGCAAUAUUAUAUAAUGGUUUAGGAAGGGGGUUUCAGUGACCUAGCAAGUUCAGUGUACGAAAGCAAGCAUUACAUUCACCGUAGUAAAUAUAUAUGUAUAUUACUAUCAAUACUAUCAGCAUAGCAGCCUAUCACAAUUACAGCAGUGCAACACCCCCCAGCCCCCCAAUCCCAUGUGUCUAAUCACAAUUCCUCUCCUUGCUCAGAGCCAGCGAUGCAGAAUUCUGGACCAUCCUACCUGGUGAUGUGUACAUAAUUUAGAAACCAUGCACUAACUAUACUUAAUUUUUUUAUUGUAUUCUAGAAGGAAGUGCAGGAACCUGUUUAUUUAUUACCAAGGCUCCUGUCUCAU